UACGUACGCGAACGGCAGUUGGAGUGGUUGGAAGUUAACGAGUAGAGCGCAAUACACGUCAGGGCUCUUAUUUUGAUUCGUGGAGGGGGCUCACCUCGAAGAAACGGGUGGCUGAGUCCGAAGGAUUUGCCAGGAAAAUAAGUGAAGGAUUAUAGGUUUGAUAAUAAUAAGAUUAAAUAUGAUACAUGCUGAAAAUGGGGAUGUAUAUUUGGAACAGUUAAAAAAUCCAAUGGAGAGCGACGCGACAGAGGAGGCAGUGUCAAAAAAGUGCGAGGAGCAGCUGUCUUCGAUAAAUGCAAACAGCUGUUCGUCCUACAAAGAUGCAAAUCGUUCGAUAGAAAUGGCGCAAGAGGACAAUAAUCUGUGCUGGAAUAACCUUCCCAGCAUCAUUCUACAGGAAAUAUUCUCAUAUUUACCAUACAACUGCCGGUUACGAGCCUCCCAGGUGUGCAAAAAUUGGAGAUGUGCUCUAUUUCAUCCUCAUUUUUGGAAAAAGAUCACAUUUGUUCUGAAAGAUGAAGACAGUGUAUCAUGGACUAAAUGCCUGGCAAGCAAUUUCGAACUUAGUGUGCAAGAAGUUACAAUCAUCUGUGAUAUAUCAAAUUAUUGUGCGAAAGAAACGUUAGCCCUCUUGAAGAAGUUGAGAUAUAAUAGGCAACUUCGUAAAUUGUUUUUGGAACCUAUCAAUAGUGCAUUCGAAUGUGAAGAUGGUACAAAAUGUACUAAAGCAUUGAUUUCCUCUUUUAUAAGCAUUAUAAAGAAAUCCAAUCGUUUAGAAGCUCUAAGUCUGGGAUGCAUGGAAGAUUUAACAGGAAGUGCCAGACAAAUUGUGGUACAUCUGCGUAACUACCAGGCAAAGCACUUGACAACUCUUGCUUUGGCAUCUGUCAAGGAUGAUCCUGAUGAUUUUAACGUUUACAAUUCUGGUUAUGGAUAUCUGUUUGAUUCAUUUGCUAGAUUAUGUAUUUUAACAUUGGAUUAUGAGUUCCUAACCAAUGCUUUGCUAAAGGCAUUGGAUAGUGGUACGAUGGAAAGGCUUGUAAUUCAUGUGCAUGGUUGGCAUUAUCAGUUUUCGGGAACAACUGAUAGUGGUUGGCAAAGUUUUGUUCAAAAGAAUCCGAGAUGCGAACUGCGACUAAAUCUUCUACAUUCUUAUGUUGGUAUUGAAAAAUUAGAUACAAAUAUACUUCGUCCUUCCAUGCCACUUACACAUUUAAAAGUACUAUUUUGUGAAAAUGUUAAUAUUAGAGCAUUGCAUCGAUUAUCCAGGUGGUAUUCACUUACUUUAAAAUCUUUAAUAUGGAUUGAUUCAGUACAACCUUUAGCAAAAAACUUACCAGCAACAUAUGACCCAAAUGAUCCUCAUAGCCCUGAUCCACUAGUAUUAGUUGCAUGGAAGUGUACCAAACUUAUGGAGAUUGUAUUCAUAGGCCACAGAUAUCACCAAGAAAAUUUGUUGGCUAUUGCACGCCUGCGCGGAGAUUCGCUUAAGUCGUUAGUAUUUGCACAGAGAUUCAUUGCAACUGAUGUUGAAUCUUGGCAUAAGGCUGAAACUAUUACACAUGAAAUACAAGAAAUAAUGGGGAGCCAGUGGAAACCAUUGAGCGAUGAAGAUUUACCUGCAGUUGUUAAAAAUCCUUUCGAAGGUGAUAGCAGGGAAGUUAUCAUGCCUUUGGUCCUCCAAGACCAAAAGUAAAUUUUUAUUUGCACCAAGGAAAUAUUACUCCCCGAUACCAUACAUUACUAAUCGACAUCAUCAACAAUUUCUGGGCGGACUACACUCUCAGAAGUAAAGUUAUAAAGUUAUAUCCUUUAUUUUUCUAUAAGAAUUGUUUUUACGAGAACUAUGGAUGUAACAUCAAACGGUGGACAUGUGUAAAUUCGUAGUUUAAAAUCAGUAGUCGAUGGAUAUGUUGCCUAUCAGGUAAGGAUCACACAGUUCCAGUGUGUAAACAGCGAGGGUAAAAACGCACACAAGUUCUCCUUUAUAAUGAUUUUAUUAGUUCUUAUGAGGAUAUGAUAAGCUAUAGUUAAAAUAUGUCUUUCUUGAGUCCGCGAUGAGGUACCUAAAUUAAGUACGUAUCACCCCCUAUUUUUGUUUAUCGAAACGAAUAUCAAAGUAUUUCGUUGGUUAUUCCUACGAAAAAUCAUUUGUGGUGCAAUCACGUUUUAUUGCUAACAGUGGUGAUCCCAAAACGAUCAAAAUAAGAGAGAUAAUAACAAUUAGUGAUCGUUCCUCUCAUCGAUGAAUAUUAGUGAGAAACAAAGCAUAUGUAAUAUACGAGUGUAAUAAUAUCCUUGAUAGAUAUUAAGAAUGAAAGCAUUACAAGACGAUCAAGGUCUCACCUAAACGGACCUUCGAUGUGACGUAUACCUGUUAAUAUCACGGGAAAAUAAUUUCGAAUGUGUGUGAAGGGGAAUACUACCAAUUAAAAUCAACGCGAAACAAGAAGAACAAGACUAGAUGAGAGAAAGAACCGAUCUCACGAUGUUCCACUGGAAAGCGUAACGAAAUUCCAAAUGUAUGUAAGUAGAAAUAUGUUAACAAAUAUUUUUCCAAUUCUAUGGGAAAUUUAGAUCGAAGCGAGCGCCAAGAGCAUGCAGUGUAAGAAAAAGUAACUAAACGAAAAAAAAAUAAAAUAUGUUGGACUUCGUAAAAAGAGAGUUUGCGAUUGAGUUGCGAUAAAACAAAAGAUGCACUCAGAAGUAUAAGAAGUCGAACAGCGAUCCGAGGUUAUUUUUAAUACCAAAACCAAUCGGACGCUCUUGUACAAAUAUUAAAUGAAUGUGUGCCGAGAAGAGUGCGGUUGAUUUGGUGGUACAGACAGUUAGACACGCAACAAACACACAACUUAUGCGUGUCGCUUUAGUAAAAAAAAAAGGAAAGAAAGAGAAUAUCGAUGAUAUUAAUGAAGAACUGUGCGACCUCCAAGUACCGUCUUUUCACCGUGCUCUUAGCGACCGCUGAAAACGAACACAAUUAUAGGUUUAUCUAUAAAAAAACAAAUCAGAGGAAUUAGCUGCUAAUUGUGUAUGUGUAUAUGUAUGUAUAUCUGUAUUAUCUAUCGAACUUUAAACGUUAAUAUUCAGAUGCCACAUGCAUCUAUUUCUGUCGUGCGAUUAAUAAUGACGAUUUUGAAGAUUUAAAAGAAACAUGAAAAUGAAAGAAAACGAUUCACAAACACAAAGAACAAUACCAAAACAGCACUCUUAUACAGUUUAUUAUUCUGAAAGAUUAUUUACUUUUUUUCGAGUCCUUGUAUAAUUAUUAUAUCGUCGUGUACUUGUAGUCACGUGUACUAUUGCUUUUUAUAUGUGGUUCUGUACAUAUACAUCCAUGCGUUUAAAAUAUUGGACACGCGCAGAAAUCGCGGAGUUGCGCCCGAAUUUAAUGCAAGGAAAAAAAAGGAAAGAAAGAAAGAAGAGUGAGAUAAAGGGAAAAGCAAUAUAUAGCGGAUUAUCUGAGAGAAAGAGAAAAGGACAAAAAUGAAUCGAUUAAGAGCUAGGCACAAAUAAUGAGAAAACUAUUUCUUUAAACAAUUUAAAACUGUUAUACAAAAUGAACGGGCCUUAACCCUCGAACUCGCGAACGGCGGUAGCUAGAUAAAUUCUGAUCCAUGCAAUUCAGUUUCAUUAUUAUUAUUAUUAUUGUUAUUGUUAUUAUUAUUAUAAUUGUUAUUGUUAUUAUUAUUAUUAUUAUUAUUAUUUUCUAUACAAAAAAAACAGCUAGAUCUUACCAUUUGUGUUUCCAAAUUAAAAGAAAGCUCAAGAAAUGGUUGACUAUAAUAAUAAAAAUAAUAAUUAUGAUAUAAUUAUAAUAAAUUAUAACUAAAGAAUAUAGAUUAUGAAAGUAUCUUAUAGCACGUCAUCUCACUACGAAGCAAAUGGUGUUAACAUUAAGUUAACGAGUGUUUGUUUGCUCUUUUCACCAUUUUGUUUUGUCAUUAAAAAAGUAAAUAUUUGAUGCUCGAGUCAGAAAUGAUCCAGCAACCGCCAAACGAGGGUUAACAUGUAUCGCAUGUACCUGAGUCGCGGUAAGGAUAAAUCUGCCGAAAAAAAUUUGACACGCGACAGCCACCACUGAAGAAUAUUAAUUAUAGUCACCUUAAUGGACAUUUUUGGGCGAUUUGCUGGAACACCUGCUUGUUUCUCGCCAAAAAAUGACUGACAAGUUAAGGUAUAACUCAUGCCCUUUCAUUUCGUAUUCCGUGUGCGUAUAUUUUUUGAAGUCAGCAAAUUUUUACAAAACGGUGAAUCGACGGUUAUUCAUUAUCUAUAUAUAGAAAAAACAUUCUCGCGAACUCAUUAUUGUUCGCCGACCAUUGACGUUGUGCGGACGGGCCAGAUGUUAUUUACGAAGUCUUUUUUCUCUUUUCUUUUUUUUAUUCCUCGUAUAUAUUUUUGUCGUUUUUAUUACUAUUACUAUUAUUAUUAUUAAUAUUAUUUUCUUUUUGUUUUUUAAUCAAACGAAGUCCCGCAUAAACAGUAUACUCGCGGGCGCGGUGCCCGACGUGUGAGUCGAGAGAGAGAGAGCGAGCGAGAGAGAGAGAGAGAAAGAGAACAGUGUGAAAGAACAUAUGACGUUGCGAAAAUAAUGAUAACGUAUGAAAGCGAACGAAAUUUAAAUGAGAAAAGAUGAGAUAUGCGUUCGGAUGUAAGAACGAAAGUUAUCCAAAUGAGUAAAAAUAGCAAGCAAACAAACAAAUGUCAGGUGAUACGUAGUACCAUCUCUGCGAAUCCUGUGUACAAAGUCAUAUAGAAGAAGAAGACAAUUCGGUAUUCGUGCGGUCGCUUAACCAAAUGGACACAACCCAACUAUACGCAUAUAUAUCGAUAUAAACGCGAAUGACAAACCAAGCAUAAGACUGAACCUACUGGGAAAGGUAUAACCACAGUUAGGCGGGCCGCACGUCUAGCCAACGUCCGACCUCAUAUUCAUAAAACAAGGACGAUCCCGACUAAACGGAAAGCAUCGUUCGCGAAUCGCGUCGGAACGAAUUUGUUCACAUCGAUUUUACCUAUUGUCGAUAACGCUUGUCUCGAUGAUUGUUGCUCGUCUUUCCUUUCUUAGGUCUCUUAGCUUUCCGUCUUAGCUCGUGGCCCUCGUCGAUUCGCCCCCUGAUUGACCCACGCGGACAUCAAUUUAUGAAUAUGCGAGUCGUUAAAAAAAAUAAUUAAAAAGUAAAAAAAGAAACAAAGGGAUGGUGCAUCAGCUAGUGUUUAGAUCGGAUAAGCGCCUCAUUGAAGAGAAAAAGAGAGGAAGAAAUAACGAAAGCUCACUCGAGGAUGGUUCUCGUAGCCGAUAAAUACUAACCUAUAAGACAGCCUGCCAAGAAUCAAAAUACUGUAAAAUAUCAAACGAACGCUAGCCAGUACAGAAUGCUAAGAUCUAUUUUUUAAGAAGCGAAUGUAUAUUUUUGUACUAAGGCAGGCCUUAGUGUGAAUUGUGUAUUCUUGCGCGUUAUGGCAAGGCGAGAGCUGUGAUCAUAAUAUCAUUUCGGCAUAGCGAGAGAACAUACAAAGACAAAAAAAUUGAAGGGGAAAAUAAAAGAGGAAUACGAGAAGAAAAUAACAGAAGUAACGCGGUGAUUACGCGUUCACGGAAAAGCAUAAAGAGAGAGAUAAUGAGGCGAAUGUUCUCCUGCUAGCAUUAUUACCGAGUGGGCUAUAGAUACAAAAGGGGUGGCGAUAAAUCGAGAACAAAACAUCUGUGAUAAAACAUAAAAUCUUAGAAAGGGUGCUCGAGAGAAAGAGAGAGAGAGAGAGAGAGAGAGAGAAAAGGUGGAGAAAGAGAGGAAGUAAGAAAAAACAAGCGCGCGUUAAAUGAUAUAAGAAAACCUAAAGUAGGAAAAAACGUUCAAACAAAAUGCAACACAAUAGGCGGGAAUAAUAUAGGUAAAAGACGGAACCCUACGUGUAUUAGGGAAAUGAUACGCAAGACAUACAAUUCCUACAAAAGAAAAACAAAAUGUGUAUAGAAGUGCUUUUAGAUCUAUUGUGCGAAAAUAAUAAUAUUCGUCGUGCGUAUGACUAAUCGACAGAUGGAGACUGUCUUUCGAUGAGAUAGCCCGGUCUAACUAUUGUAGUGGUUACCGUCUUGUCGUAUCCUUGUUUAAGGAGCGAACGCAUUCGAUCGUCAUGUGGGUUUCGAUGAACGCUCGCGCUAUUAUCUCAACGAGAAACAUUCGACCGAUGGGGAAAACUAAUGAAGGGUUCUUGAUGUUUGCGAUUCUUCGAGUAAUAAGGAAAGCCAUACCAUACUCAACUAUAUAGAACGUUACUUAAGCGAACCAGACAUUCCACGCUACUGUCGGUUAUAUAGUAUCGCAACGCUGUAGUAUAUAUACAUAUAUAUACAUAUGUAUAGUUAAUUUAGUACUAUGAUUAAUUUCAAGCAAAGAAUAGUCGUUGUUGCGUUGAUUCUGUAAAAAGAUCUAACGAUCUGUCCGCAGUCGACGUACACAUAUAUACGUGUAUUUCCAUCAAUUGUAUUCGAAGCUUCGCAAAGAUCGUGGAACUAUACUAAGAACUAAAAAAACCCGCCUUCAUCAUGCCCACAUGAUAACUCGGCAUAAAGUCAGGACGUCGUACACCACGAGUAGUAUUAUAAGUUCCUAAAGAAAAGAAAAAAAAUAUUUUACACUGCUUAAGUACGAUAGAACGAAGCCGGCAUUACGAAUAACUCAUCUCACACGAACAAGGUGUUCAAGGCAUUCGGUUCAAUGUAUGUAGUUCGUUAGAUGAUUCGUUCUGUUUUAUGGGAUUGUAAAACGCUUUUCAAACACAGCACCAGUAAUGUUUUUCUUUUCUUGUCUUUUUUUACAUAUACAUAUAUAUAUAUAUAUAUACACCUAUCUCUCUAUCUAUCUAUAUAAUAUAUAUACAUACACAGAUAUCUACAUAAUAUAAUAUAUAUAUUAUAUAUAUAACAUAUAUAUAUAUAUAAUAUAAUAUAUAUAUAUAGUUACAUAUAGUUAUAUAGAUAUAUAGAUAUAUAGGUAUAUAUUAUAUGUAACUUACAAGUACGUGUAUAAUCCAUUCCAAUCGAACGAGGCGGGCGUUAUGGAACGUAACGGUAAAAAUGUAAAAAUUGGAAAGGAUGGUUCCGCAUUGGAUGAAAAAACUAAACAGGAUAAAACUUUCGCGAAAGGAAAUAUUAUAGUAUGUGUGUAAAUGGUAUCGUUCAAACGUCGUGUGUGUGUAUAUAUAUAUAUAUACACACACACACACAUAUAUAUAUAUAGAUAAACAAUGAACGACACAUAUAGACCGAUAAACUCGAUAGAUAACAUGAAAAACGCGGGUUAAUAAUUUUACGUAACGUUACUAUAUAUAUAUAUUCUCGGUUAUUUUAUUACCGCCGUCUAUUUCACUAUAAAAGUUGAAUCGUCUUGAGGUUUGUUCGAGAAUCCGCACUGUGCAACAACCGACAUAGACGACAAGGAGAGAGAAACGAUAUUCCGUAACUCCUCAUUCGAUACGUAACAAGUGCUUAGAAGGAUAUUUACCAAAACGCAGCGUUAGAUAUUUGUAUAUAAGUUAAUAAGGGCUGAGGUAACAAAACGCGAGCAAGCUAUUUUUUAUCGUUGGAUCGCGAGAUAAGGCGGAACGAACUCCGCCGAUAAAGUAUCUUCCAUGAGAAUAAAAGAAGAGAGAAACAUUUGCGAAGUAAAAAAAAUGAAGAAAUUAGAAAAAAAACAAACAUGAGCGGGCCCAAAGUAAACGUUGCCGUGUUAUAUUUGUUCGUGAAUUAAUUGAAGUCCUAGCUCUAUAGACGCAUGCAUAUGUACAAAAAAGAAAAGAAAAAAUUUGUACGAAAGAAGGAAAGAGGAAAAGAAAAACACAUACGAUGUGAUUAAGGAUUUUUAAUCACGGUCAUCGUGUUUGCUAAAUUGGAAUUUCGAAACUGAAUAAAGUUAAGCUCUGUCUGCACUGAGGCAAGAAAGAGGAAUUCUUUUGUCCUUUGUUACUGCAUGUUCGAAAAUAUUUUCAAUGAACAGCAACAUUACAAAAAUAUUUUGUUCACACUGAAGCAAUAUUCAACAACAAGCAGCGACUUUCUCAAGAGACAGCAAUGUAAAGUUCAUCGUUGUCGCUUCAGUGGAGACAGGGCUUUUAAUGACGCGUCUCACGCCGAACAACGAUCGCCCUGAUGCCAGAUCGUUUAAAUACAAUUUAGUUUCUACGUUUUACGAUGUGUCGGGUCAUUCUCCCCGUCGAUAAUAGUCGAGAAAGUACGAAACUCAAAAUCGUUGUUGCAUUUUUUCAGUUACAAUUAACAAUAUCCCAUGUGCUAAAAUACUUACAAGAAUGCACAUAAAAGAUCGUUCGCCGGUGGGAUAACGUUAUCUUGACGCGUUUGACACGUUAUUAACCGCGUAACGCUCGAAAAAUUUUUCAGCGGAGUAUAGAAUUAUCGCUUCGCGUCAUAUGAACAUAUUUCCCUGGCUCUCGAUGCCAUAGCGCCUCCGGAAUUCACCGCUCGCUGAUGUUUUAUUCCGAGAAGAAAAAGAAAUUCGAGAUCGUUUCGUAUUGAUGAUCCAAAUAUACUUUUCAACGUAAAACAGUGCUCAAUCGGUUUCGUUCUCAUCGAAGCGAGCUUGCAUCGGUGUCGCGUCAGCGUUCCAUAUUUAACGAGACAAAAUAAUGUAUAGUUUAGUAGUGCGUUGCGAGAUAGCGUUUAGUUUAAUCUCUCUGUUGAGAUAUAGAUCGAUUCUCUCGUGCAAUAUCGCGUCGAUAUAAAAAUUUGCAUUUUCAAUUAUAUUCAGGGAUUUGAUCUAUUUUUCGUCCGGUUAAUACUUAACCUAUUAAGGACCAAAGUUGGGUUAACGUAAUGUCUUAUAUUUGUAACUUCUAUUUAGGCAACUUACAUUAUUAAAUUUUAUCCAAUGCAUAUUGCAAUUAUAAAAAGAAGUUUCAUGAAUUUGCUCGAUAUUUUUUUCGUUGCCAUUUUUUCUUCCAUAUAUAUACGUAAAUCCUAUAAUUUUGUAAGAUUUAAAAAAAGUAAAGUAUUUUAUAUUACUAUAUGAUAAAUUAUUUUGUUCAAAUUGUAGAAAUUCCCUUAGUGGGGAGAAUAGUUUACCUUAUUUGUGCUUUACAAUAAUAUUGGUUUACACAAUUUCAACACAUUAUUUUUCUGCUUGGUUCUUAAUCGGUUAAUUUCACUACGUUCCGCGGGGGGCAUGUCCAUAGGAAUAUCGCUUCUAUUGCGUACUUCGGGUGUAAGUCUAUCUAAUUCUUCCUUAUAAGGACGCGUUUAACGGCGUAUAUUGUACGAUUCCAUUACGGUUAAUAGUUUAAUCGGUUUCGCCGCGGUUUUUUAACAGUGCAAUGUACGCGUGCUACACGUCCACCGCGUGCGAGUUAAAGUGUUAAAUCGGACAUUCUCUUCGCGUGAUUUCAGACAAAGGGAGAGAUAGACCGAAAAAACACGAUGGUUACCAUGUUGAAUGCCACGGAUAAAAUCGUGGCCUCUGUCACACUUUUUUAGUCGUCGUAGGCACAACGUGUUUCGAACCCAUUUAGUGCACUUGGAAGUUUCUCACGUAGAAUUCGAUACACUAUUGUAAAAGAAAAAAAACUACGUAUAACUUUGUAAAUGUUCUCUCCAAAUAUGUUCAACAAAAGAAGAAAGCAAAAUGAAGUUGAAUAUAUACAUAUACCUCGAGCGAAGAAUUCGUUCUCCGGUCGAGCAUUGAUUUUUUCGUAAUCUCGGUGUUUCAGAGGUUAAUGUUUAUACAUAUAAUAGUAACGACAUAUAUGUGUGUAGUUGAAUAACGUUUCGAUCGAGUUAAAUGCGUAAAAACAGUGACUCGAUGUUGUAUCGCGUUAGAAAGAUGAAUGCAACGGUGUUUGGACUUGCUGUUUUCGAGACUGAACGUGCGAUAUCUAAACGCGUCAAGCGAGCCCUGUCUAGUGCACCUGUUCCAUUAUUUUCUUCCGCGUUGUUGAUGGCAUUCUCCAAUCUCAAGUCAUUGAUUUCUAACUCGUAUUUCGACGGUUCUUAUGUCUUCAAGAUAUCUCGGAAGAAAGAUAAUGACACGCGUAAUACAAUACGACACGCUUAUUUCUUCUUUGGUAUUUCAACUUUAUAUUCGAAUUAUUCGUUUCUCUUUUAUUUUCCAAGUACAGUAGGACCCCCUAUAACACGGAAGAUACGUUCUGUGUUAUAUGAGACUUAAAGCGUAAAAAGUUAAAAUUAAAUAAAAAGUUUUUUGUUUAAUAUAAUAGAAGGUAAUAUGUCUUUUAGUUUAUUUUGAAGCAGUGAAGUUUUCUUCACUAUAUGUAUGGAACGUAACUUAAAAUAAAAGUGUAAGUGAAGUUAAAAUUUUAUCACUCUCAGAAUCACUUAAAAUUAAUUUCGACAUCACUUUUUGAAUAUUAGUAGCUUUUUCGUCGGUUAAAUUUUCUUUAAUGUCAGUAUUUGUAUUUUCUUUAUUGUAAACGUUUUUUCUCUUUCCUUAAAAAGUAUUUCAUUUCGCUUUCAUUGUUAUUUUCUAAGUUAUGUUAUACAAGGGCGGUAGCAUUUUUUUUAUCACUUUAUAUGGUGUCCUACUGUUUUUGGUUCUUCUAACGAAUCUUUCUUUCAUGAUAUCGAUUCAACAUCGAAUUUAGAUAACAUUUAAAGAAUUCGUAGAGUGUAUCAACGUGUGAUUCGCAGAAAUAAAUCAAAUGUAACGCGAACAACUUUAUUUUUUGCUGACGCGGUAAAAAUCCAAUGAAGGUUUAAACAGGGGCAAGGGUGGGAGAAAGAAAAAUCAAAGAAAGUCUCCUUUUACUGUUACUUGCGAUUCGUCGCGAAAUGUUGUCUAAAAAGGAACCAAUCUCCAUGUAAUAUGUAUCUCUACGUAUUAAUAUAUAUAUAUAUAUAUAUACUUAUAAUCGCUAUUGUUUUUCUUUUUCCAAGUUAUUUUAUUUGAUGAUACGAAGCUAACAAAGAAAAUGUGUAUGUAUGCGUGCGUGUGAACGAUGCUUACGAGACGUUUCUUUCGAGUCCUCAAGGUCGUUGCUUGAAUUUAACUCGGCAAAUCGAUUACAAAACCGACUUUGCGUUUACGCUCGUGUUUUCCGUGUGUAAUCGAAACUCGUAGCGCCGCGAACGAGUGGUAUCGUAAACAUCGGUGUGUCUCUAUUAUUAAAGUCGUCUAUUAUUUAUUAAACGACGUUUUUAAAAUUCGGAAAAGAAGAAAAGGAAACUUGUAUAUCGGAUUAAAAAUGAAAAUGAAACGGAGUUCCAUUACGUUUGUCUUAAUACGUUUUUCUAUGCAUUGAACAAUAGAUGUUAUUUACGCUUCGUACAGUUAAACUUUCGCUGCCGAGCGUCCAGUGUUCAAACUAAGCUCAUGUCACGAAUUCGACUUCUACAGUAAACCAUGAAGAGGUUAUUUAGUUCUCAACAUCUUCUCAAUAGAAUGCGGAUUUUCAUGGAAGUUUAUGAAAAAUUAAAAUAAUAGAUGUUUGACAGAAAUUUGUUUCACUCACUAAGUAUUAGAUAUGACGAUUAAUUAUACUUUGGAUGCCUUAUGUAUUUUUACAUAUCACAUGAAUUAUAUGCAUUUUGACAUCUCCAAACUUUCUAUGAGUGCACAAACAUCCGCAAUCUACUUGUCAGUAUGUAAUUAUUUUUUGUAGUCGAAAAAAUAUUACAAAAUAUGUCAAACGAUACUCAGGGAGCUGUAUCGUAGCGAGAGACUCAACUCUUUUGGCGUUAUAAUAUGUAAGGUACAAAACGAUUGGACGUGUCUCGAUGCAAGAGACAUUAUUGUAUUCGUUGUCCAUAUCUACCAAACGCCAAUGGGCGUUUACUGCACGCGCCGAUCGGCUCGAAAUUCUUGCCUCCCGCGAACCGUUACGAGAACGCGCGUUUCGGCACCGAGAGAGUCUAUGAACCUAAUGGAACGCCGUGGAAAGUGAAUCGAUACGAAUAGUGGAAGAUGCAAAAGAGCUGUGUAACUCAAAGUCGAUCUUAACACGUUAACUGCCACGGUGGUCAUCGGUGAUCCACAUUUUACUAAACUUUUUAGAAUGAUUAAGAUAAGAUAAGAUGGAUUAGCAAAUUUUCAACAAUGUGAAUGAUUUAGAUAACAUUAUCAGAAAAAGGUACACAAUUAAAAUAUAUGUAAUAUUUUUCAAAAAUUGAAUGUUAUGAUUAGACCGGAUUUUUAUGCAAAUUUAUAUUUUUGAGAAUAGAAUUAAAAAAGUAAAAGCUCGGUAGAAAAUUGUUUUACCUACAAAGUAUUAUAGAAAACACUAUACUUUGGACAUUUUAUAUAUUUUUUCAUGUUAUAUACAUUUUGUGCAGUUUUGAACUUUCAAAUUUCUUAUAGGUAAACGCAUAAAAAUUCACAAUUAUGUUGUAUAUAGGUGUAAUUAUGGUGUGUUACAGCUCCCAACUUAAAAUACAAUAUAAAAUUCGCAUGGUAGUCAACGUGUUAAUCCAGUCAACAAAGCAUUUUUAACGGAUAGUGCAUUGAACUUGUUCGAUGCGCCAUUAUUCGUGAGACACGAAUCACAUAAAUAGGAAGAGAAUUUUUCAUUGCAACAUUUUGUUGUUGAUAUCGUAUAAACGUUGCAAAAUGAAGUUCGCUGUCCUCGACCUUUCGCGGUCCUACUUCUCUGUUUUUUGCACGUGAAAAACUCGUUUCCGCUGUAGUUCACAUGGCAAUGUGAGAAACAGAAAAAGGAAAACAAGACGAAAACCCAUCGUGCCUCACGGUUACCUUACGAGCGUAAUAUAGAAGGAAAGUGUAUAGGAUAGGCACGCUUGUUUGGAGUAAUUAAUACCCAGGUACAUGUAUUCCGACUAUCGAUGUGUAUAUAAAUAUAUAUAUGUAGCCGCGGAACGUUCGCGAAGCCGACUAUACAUUCGUCGGUAUUCAACGUGGUACCUGAUUUUGUAACAUUCUCUUCUUCGUGCGAUCAACUUAGUGGCAAAGUAGGCGGGAUUAUUAUUGGACAACGGAAAAGUCGACACACAUCUCGACAUGUAUACAGUAGCAUACCAUAUUUGAACAUUUAGUAUAGAAAACUUUUAUGUACAUGCUAUGUCUGUUACAUGAAACAUUUUCAAAUUUCAUUAUCACUGUAAUGAAACACAACUGUCAUGAUUGUAUUGGUAAAAUUAUUGAAAUCAAUCUGAAAAUGCUUAUAAAAGUUACAAAAUAUCCAUUAAUUUAAAUAAUACAUUAAAUAUUACCAAAAUAAUACUGAAAUUGUUUGUUUAAGUACCUUAUGACCUUUACGAAAUAUGUAUAUACUUGUAGGUUUUGUGCAUAUUUUCAGAUUUGUUUUAUGCUUUACCAAUAUGGUCAUAGUAAUCGGACCUCGUUACAGUAAUGAAAUUUCAGAAUACUUCAUACAUACAUAACGUAUUCAUAAAAGGUUUCUACAAGUGAACUAUUAUAAGCAUAUACAUAUUAUAUUAUAUUAUAUGUAGAGAUACCCGCACACGAACUACAUAUAUGUAGAUAUCACACACGCGCGCGCGCGCGCGCGCGCCCACACACACACACACACACACACGUACGCGCAUAUGUGUUCACCGUAUUAUCUGUUUUUCCAUUUACGUAUUCCGGUAAAACCACUUCAAAGAUGCAUACGAAUUAGGGAAGCCGGGCAAUAAACAAAUAUCGAAAUAUCAACUAUAUAAAUAUAAAUUUAUAUGUAUAUCUUUACUUGAAAAAUAUUUUCUUUUUGAAGAAAAUUUCUUUUUUAGAUAUUCAACAUUUUUUAUAAUAUCAUUAAAAUGGUGAAAGAUUCCGAUUUUUGUCGAAUUCUCCGCUUGCCUGUAUGUCUGUCCCACUCCUGUUGAGUGACAUAGAAUGAUGAUAAAGUAAUUCGCAUACGGUACGUUCCUUUUUGAAAAUACGUACUUUUAUUCCUCGAUCCGUUUUGUAAUCUGUUGCAGCGAAGUAUGUGUAUUUGUAAAUACUCGUGUAUUGCGCCUGUUGUCCUUCCGAUCAAGCUACAACGCCAACUUUUCCUAUCAUUCGUGACAGAAGAGUUCCCAUCUUCAUGUUUCUGAAAGUGUACCUUUCUUUCACUGAAAAGGUAUAUUUCGAGGAGAAGAACAGGAACUGGUCGUUGGAACAUUUGUCACGAACGAUUUGAGAAUCGAUCAUUUGUAACGCAGCUGUAAUUGUCCACGAUCAUUAACGACUACCCAUUUGUGUUCUACCCAUCUUUUUCUUUCGUACGUGGACUACAUAACCUCCGAACAAGCAUUUGUAACAUGCAAAACCGUUAAUAUCGUCGCGUAAAAGAAAAGAAAACAAACAAAUAUCAGUAUUCUUUCAACUUCAACAUCCCGUAGAAUUGUACGCCGGUCUAUGAUUUAUACACUACUUCUUUGAUUAUAGAAAUCAAAUGUUUUCGCAAGUAUCAAUCAAUUUUUAAAAAUGUAUCGAUCGAUUAAUAAAUUAUGCAUGGCAUAAAGCGA